UCCACACGAGCGUGGUGGUUGAUGUGUUUGGAGUUAAAACAAGAACGCGGAGGGGGAAAGUAACUGUGACCACCUCGCAGCUUUCUGGGGCUACCAAAACACGCUCCAAUCCGAAAAAAAAAAAAAAUGAAAUACACCUCAAGGUUUUCUCAGAAGACGUAGAAGUUGACGUUAAAGUGACUUUUUGAAACUGGAGCUGCUUCCUUGUUCGACAACAGGGUGAAAUAUCUCAACAUCCUCACAAAGAAACUUUGCUUGCUAGGCUGCUAACUCGCACACCAGCCAGAAAAAAAAGUAUGAUCACCGCCGAAGACUUGAUCUCAAGCUGUCAGUAACGUCUCAUCUGUCGAGCUAAGUGUCGCUGGUAGUUUGUAUUUACUGGGAAAUUGUAUCUGAAUGACUCAAGACUUAAUUUUGUAACGGUUUUGAGUAGUCAUCAUCACCAGUGGAGGAAGGGUUGCAGCUGGUAACUUAGCCAGCCACCACCAGUGUUUUCACACACAGCGCCCCCAGAUCUCCACCAGGCAGGACAUCCAUUGCUAUUUUCAGUAAUCCCAGAUUUGUUACUGGAAAAAAUGUCUGGCCGAAGUGGAGUUGGACAGAUCCGGGGAGCUACUGUGGGUCCACAGCCCCUCAAGGCUACUAUCCCCUAUCAGCUGGCCAGCAAGCCUCGCGCAAACCGGAGGGAUGGAAAGUCAGCUGGAAUGGCCAAACCGCACCAGCUGAGCUCUGGCAUGAGGCGGACAAUGUCUCUUGACGCCAUCAUCGGGCCGUACCUGCAGGGACACUGGCCGAAAGAACCAGAGGGCCAGAGCAGCCUUUCUCGCAAGGACAAAUCCACCCAGACUCCAGACUCAUGGUCAGAUAAAUCCCAGAGCAAGAGAGGUAGCAGCAGCCACAAACGAUCAGCAUCAUGGGGCAGUGCUGAGCAUCUGCGAGAGAUUGCUAAACUAAAACAACAGCUGCAGCAGCGCAGCAAACCUGUAGUCUCAGGGGGGCAUGACAAAGACCGCCAGCAUGGCUAUCCUCUGGGGAGCUGUAGCUUAGGAACUACUCAGACUCAGCCAAUUCCCAUCCCACUUGCUCCCCUGUCUACACUGGUCCCUCGACUGCGCUGCAGUGUGGAGGGCCUCAACCAGGAGCUGGAAGGCAUGUUCAUCUGCCAGCCACCGCAUCCUCAGCACAGGCUCCUUGAGGUUCCAGACGGUCACCGGGCUCCAGUCCCUCCGCAGAGCUGCAGCAGUGGAUCUCAGAGUGACGCCGCCACCACACCCCUGUCCUCACCUUCCUCCUCACCCAGCUCCCCUCCCACCUACAUCUCCACCUCCCCACCCAACUCUGAAGAUGCACCUCUGGAUCUGCACCAAGGUUUGAUAGACAAUGCAGAGAUGUGCCUCCUGUCUCCGUUCUCCUCCCAGAAUGAGGCUGACCUCUCCCUGCCUCUGCUGAUGUCGUCCUCCCCAGGGCCCAACAAAAGUUGCUGCUUCCAGAGGGAGCCUCCAGAGGGCUGCGAAAAGGUCCGAGUCUGGGAGGAAACCAGCACUCCACACCAACUCAAGCCAGCCCUCAUCUCCUCCUGCCCAGACCCCAACAAGGUAAACUUCACCCCCCAUGGGGGCUCAGCCUUCUGCCCCGUCAGCCUCCUCAAGCCCCUGCUCCCCUCCAUGGACCUGCUGUUCCGCAGCCUUGCCGUCUCUCCAGCGGGCAGUUGCUCGAUCCAGGGAACGAGCUCCUGCCAGGCAACGUCCUCUGGUAACCGAGCCGCUCCUCCAGAUCCUCCUGCCACCACCACUGUCAUGGGAGAAAACUCAGGGGAGGGCCUCGCUUUCUGAUCACAGCUGCACCUUUUUUUCUGUGGAAAAUGAUUACGCAGAAUGCAAAUAUUUCAGUGGUCUGGGACAGAUUUGUUGAUGGCUGUAUUUUAGAAAAGGGCCAUUCCUUUUCUAUACAGGUUUAAAAUAAUCUUUUAUGUUGAAAAAUAAUAAUAUUGAAAAAAAGAAUUAAUAUUGUACGCAAUCCAAUGGAUAAGCUUUAUGAGCUACUUGUUUUGGGUUUCCGGGCAUUGUGACAUUUCUAAAUUAAGGCCUUUUUGUCAUUUCAUAAUCCAAAGAUAUAUUUUUGGCCAAACACGAGUGUGAGAGACGGGUCAGUCUUAUGGCAGGACUUCUCACUUACUCUACCCUUAACUCUAUCUGAAAUGUGAUUUGUUGACUGACGGACCCCCUCACUUGCUGCACAUUUUUUGUUUCCCCAAAGAAGCCAUGACAUACACUUAUUUGCUGAUACUGGUUUUUAACCUCUGGCUGCAGUGUGUCAUCUCUGUCCAAAAUGUUAGGAGUCUGGGUCAAGUAAGAAAAAGCCCCUUCUUGGAUAAGUUUGGUUGUUUUUAAGUAUUCAAAAAUAUUUAUCUGAAAUUCACCUUGAAUGUUUUGCCUAACUUGACCUUGCACCUGUCGCUGGUGUACAAAGCACGACAAAUCAGUUGGGUACUUUUUUAUUUACCUGAUUUAAAAAAAAUAAAUUAAAAAAAGGAGAGGAAAAAAACAUGACACAAUGAAAUCACAUUUUGAUUAUUGAAGGGAACUUUCCAUUUGUUGGACUUGGGUAGCAUCAAUACCUAAAGGCUUCAGCUCACGCAUUCCUGCUUUAAAAGUUGUACAGAUGUUAUUUUUGUUGUCAUCUUGUUUACUUGCAAAAAAAGUAACUUGUGCACGUGUUAAUGGAUACAAACCUGUUAUUCCUUGAUGUUCUCGAUGUGUGCUUGAUGGUAUGUUUAUAGUUUUUGAGGUUUCACAGCCUAGUUGACUACCUAACCAGUUUUAGUGGUGUAGAUUUGUCAUCUUUAAUGUUUCUCUGAAGAUGUUCUUUUUCUUCUGCCAAGCUGACAAGUUGAUGUUCAAAUAGUUUUAUUUCUGGUAGACAUGUUUGCACAAACUGAACUGCUACUUUUGAGUCGCAAUUCUUAUUUUUAUAUUCACUUUUUGUACUUUAAGAGUAGUAAUGUGUAUUUUCUACAUCUUUUUUUUUUUUUUCAAUUACCUGCAACAUAAGCUAAAAAAAAACCCUCUUACUUUCAGUUUUGUUCUGUCAGUAUAACUGAGGCAGGUGUUACAUGAGAUACUGUAUCGGGUGGAUCUUUUAUGCACUUCCAGGAGAGGGUUUUAUGUGGAGGAUGAGAUGUUUCUUCCAUAUGUUAGUCCUGGGUUUAUUGUCUCUGACAGGAGUUUUGUUUGUGUGUGUGCACGUGGGUGGAAAGUUAACUAGUCUGAUCAUUUGACUUACUUCUCCUAGUUUUUGUGUUCUGGUGAAAUACUGAUGCAUUGAAACACUGUCUUUUCCCAAAUAAGCCUCAAUUUCAAUGUUUUAUGACUCGUUGUGGAUGCUGGGGACGUGCAGUUAUCUCAGGUUCUGUGUUCUGUCCACAUAAAUAUAUGAUUGAUAACCUGU